CUAUCUCACUUGCACUUACGUUUCAUCGCACUCGAGCACCUCACUUCAAUCACCACGAAGCACCCUAUCACUAUCCCCCCAACGACACUCACCAUGUCCCCCACCCCCGAAAUCUACACCUUCCCCAGCACGGACGCCAUCUCCAGCGCCCUCGACCAUUUCCUCACGCACGAAUCAGCAAAAGCCAUCGCCCACCGCGGCAAAUUCACAAUCUCCCUCUCCGGCGGCUCGCUCCCCAAAGUCCUCGGCGCCGAAAUCAAAGCCAACAAAUACAUCGACUGGUCCAAAUGGCACGUCUUCUUUGCCGAUGAGAGAUGUGUGCCGCUUGACCAUGAGGACUCGAAUUACCUGCUUGCAAAGGAGAAUCUGUUGGACCAUGUGCCCAUUCCGAAGGACCAGGUUUAUACCAUCGACCCGAAGCUGGUGAAGGACCCUGAGGCUGCUGCAAAGGCCUACCAGAAGGUUCUUGCUGCUGUCUUUGGGAGUGAGACGGAUAUCCCGUCGUUGGACGUUAACCUUCUCGGCUUGGGACCUGAUGGGCACUGCUGCUCGUUGUUUCCUGGCCAUCCUCUCUUGGGGGUUACGGACCGAUGGGUUGCCGCGAUCCACGAUAGCCCGAAACCGCCAAAGGAGCGGAUUACACUGACGUUUCCAGUUGUGAAUGAGGCAAGGAUCAACUUGUUUGUGGCGAACGGGGAGGGGAAGGCGGAAGUGCUGCAUAAGGUGUUGGAUAAGAAGGAGGAUCUGCCUUCGGGACGAGUGACUGGAAAGGAGCGGCUCAUUUGGUUCCUCGACGCCUCCGCGGCGAAGCAUGUCACCUCCAAGGCUCAGACUUACAAGCUCUGA